AUGGUCCUCUUCAAGAACACCGCCGUUUGUGCCUCUGCCCUUUUGGCUGCCACGGCCUCUGCUACGCCUGUUGUUCAUUACCCCCGGGCAGCCAACAGCUCUGCCUUUACCAACUCGAAUGGUCUGAAGUUCACGCACUUCAACCAGUCCCUCCCUAACGUGACUAUCCUCGCAACUGGAGGAACAAUCGCCGGUACCAGCCCCGACAAAACCGCCACAGCAGGCUACGAGUCCGGCGCCCUGGGCAUCAACCGGCUCCUCAACUCCAUCCCCGAGGCCUUCGACAUCGCCAACGUCGCCGCCGUGCAAGCCACCAACGUCGGCAGCGGCGAUGUCUCCUCCUCCCUCCUCCUCAACCUCACACACACCCUGCAGACGACGGUCUGCGAUGACCCCAACAUGUCCGGCGCAGUGCUCACGCACGGCACAGACACCCUCGAGGAAUCCGCCUUCUUCAUCGACGCCACGGUUAACUGCGGAAAACCCAUUGUCUUCGUCGGCUCCAUGCGUCCCUCCACAGCCCUUUCUGCAGACGGCCCCAUGAACCUCCUGCAAGCCGUCACCGUCGCCGCAAACGAGGACUCCAAGGACCGCGGCGCAAUGGUCGUGCUCAACGACCGCAUCGCCUCCGCUUUCUUCGUCACCAAGACCCAGGCAAACACUGUCGACACCUUCAAGGCCAUGGAGAUGGGCAACUUGGGCAUGAUAGUCUCUAACGAGCCGUAUUUCUUCUACCCACCUGCGCAGCCUAGGGCUAAGGUGGAGAUCGAUGUCUCCGGUAUCGACAAGAUCCCGCGCGUGGACAUCCUCUACGCGUACGAGGAUAUGCAGACUGACCUGCUGUAUGCGGCUGUUGAGCACGGUGCUAAGGGUAUCGUGGUCGCUGGUGCUGGGGCUGGUGGUGUGUCGAGUGACUUUGACACUGCUAUUAAUGACAUUGUCAAGAACAAGAGUAUCCCUGUUGUUAAGAGUCAUCGGACUGUUAACGGGGAGGUGCCUACGUCUGGUAUUACGGGUGAUGCCGCGGAGUACCAGAUUGCUAGUGGGUUCUUGAACCCGCAGCAGUCGCGGAUUCUGCUGGGAUUGCUUUUGGCGGAGGAGAAGGGUGUUAAGGAGAUUCGGGGGGUGUUUGAGAAGGCAGCAGCCGCUUAA